CGACAAAAUGCUCGGACAGUUAAGAACAAAAAUAGAAGGUCGUUAACACCCAUAAAACGCUCAGAAUCCCAGCUUUUGGGUUACUGACACGUGUCUUUGAUCCAUUUUCUAUUGAGGUUCUGAAAUCCCAAGCCCUAUAUCUCUUUCUCUUUUCCCAUUUUCCUCUUCUUUGCAGCAAAAGAAAGGAUACUAAUUUAAGUUGGAAGGAUUUUUAAGGAAAAAUGGCAGAUGGAAUUUCUGAUGCCUCUGGUGAAACGUUUCCAGCUGCUGACAUUAAUGGGGAGCUGAAUCCCGGUGAAAACAAAGACUUUAAGGUUGAUUCCGUGUCAUUUGAGAUUGCUACUUCUCGAGAAAUCAAGGAACGUGUUGAGGCACAAGAGAAAAAGGAGAAGAAGGAUUCAAUGCAGACGCUGAAAACAGCAAUUUUAGUUUCAGCAGUGGUGGUGGCGGUGGCAGGAGCAGCCUUUGCCAUAACCAAGAAAUUGAAAGAGAAAUGAACAUAUAAUAUAUAUGGCUGGCUGCAGCUAAAGAGUGUGUUAAAUUUAGCAAUUCAAUCCUUUUUGGUCUCACUUUUAUUUUUAAUUUUUGUAACAAUGAUGCCCAUUGGGGCUUUCCUUCCUCCAAAUUAUCUUUAUGGAAGCAGUACUAAACCAUGGAUUUAGG